UGCUAACUUACGUGUCAGGAAGCUGCACAUAUGCAGAAUCAUGAAAGAUAAAUCGGCUCAUUUCGAACAAACAGCGGUCGUUAAGAUGCAGCCGGAGUUCAGCAGCAGAGCCUGCAUGUGAGGAUAAACGUGUUUAAGUGGACUCUGUUUAAACUUUCGGGAUGUUUCACCUCAGACUCAUCUCCUGUUAGCCAAGAAUGCUAAAGGAAGUUAGCUUGUCAGCAGGAAGUAGCCGGAGCCGGAGCUCGGCCUCACAGUCGGAGCAGCUUCCAUAGAGACCAAACUGUGUUUUUCACGGAGCCCAAAUGUCCAAAUGUCCAGAUAGAGCUGUCUGAAUAGACUCUGUGCUGUUCCCUUUAUCUGAACAUGUUUAACAUCUGAAUUAUCUCCCGCUGUCCUACGAAGCUAAUGCAGUUAGCUUAGCUUGCUAGCUGGAAAUAGACGGAGCCCGAACGUAACGUCAGUUUAACGUGGAGGAAAAGCUGCUGUAAACAUGUCUAAAGUCCAAACGCUGAGAGCUUUUGUCCAGCAGCGACUAAGUGCGGCUGCUGAAGAGAUAUUUGAGCUGUUUGAAAGAACGAUAGCAGAGUACGAGGAGGAACUUUGUGGACAACGCAAACUACUGGACGCUGUUUUCAAGCCUGAAGUCCGGUUACACAGAGCAGACGUCCAGCUGCUGUUGGUGAGUGAAGCAGCGGUUCCCUCUGAGCAGCAGGCGUGGAGGCCCAGUCUGGACCGGGAGGACCCACCUGAGCCUCUGCACAUAAUAAAGGAGUUGAGGCCCAGUCUGGACCAGGAGGACCCACCGGAGCCCCCACAUAUUAAGGAGGAGUGGAGCCCCAGUCUGGACCAGGAGGACCCGCCAGAGCCCCCACACAUUAAAGAGGAACAGGAGGAACUCUGGACGAGUCAGGACGGAGAGCAGCUUCGAGGGCUGGAGGAGGCUGAUAUCACCAAGUUCACAUUCACUCCUGUCCCUGUGAAGAGCGAAGAAGACGAUGAAGAGAAACCUCAGUCCUCACAGCUUCAUCAAAGACUAACUGAACAGAUGGAAGCAGAAGCUGAUGGAGAGGACUGUGGGGGACAAGAACCAUCCAGGAACUCAGAUCCAGAUAGACAUUUACGACCAGAUAGUUCAGACUCCUCUGAACCUGAGACUGAUGAUAGUUUUGAUUGGGAGGAGAUCAAGAAAUGUCAGUCAGGUUCAAACCCUCUGCAAAACAAUGAAGUAGCUGUAAGUGAUGUGGAAUGUAAUACAGGAAAAACAUCACUUUGCUCCUCUGAAUGUGCUACAAGCUUUGGCCACAAAGAACAUCUGCAGGAACACAAUGAACUCGAAACAGCAGAGAAUCCAUUUAGUUGCUCAGAUUGUGGUAAAAGAUUCCUCUGCAAGAGCUCCUUAAUGGAUCAUAUGAGGCUUCAUUCAGAACAAAAACAUUCCAGCUGCUCAGUUUGUGAAAAAACUAUUAAGUUUAAAGAAUAUGUUGCGAGGCACAUGAAAGUCCGCGCAGGGGAGAAACCAUUUAGUUGUACAGUUUGUAAAAAAUCAUUUAAAUGGAGAUGUACAUGUUUGAAUCAUAUGAGAAUCCACACAGGGGAGAAACCUUUUUGUUGUUCUGUCUGUGGUAGAAGAUUCACACUAAGCUCAGGUUUGACCAAACACCUAAAAGUUCAUUCAGGAGAAAAACCUUUCAGCUGCUCCAUUUGUAAAAAACGUUUCCUUCGAAAGAGCAAUUUGUCCACACACAUGAGAUACCACACAGGGGAAAAACUCUUCAGCUGUUCUGUCUGUGGCAAAACAUUUGCCCAAAGCGCAGAUUUGACCAAACACUUGAGAGUUCAUACAGGAGAAAAACCUUUCGGCUGCUCGGUGUGUAAAAAAAGAUUCAGUCAAAGAAGCAAUUUGUCGUCACACAUGAGAGUCCACACGGGGAAGAAACCAAUUAGUUGCAGAGUUUGUGAUAAAACAUUCACUCAGCUCGACCAUCUUAAAUCGCACGAAUGUGCUGGUGAGAACACUGGAAGUAAAUGAAGCAUCAGAGAUGCUUUUUGAGCCGAUUCCUUCCAGCAGGACUGAAGUACUGAGGGCAAGAUGGAGCCACGUUAUCACUUAAAUUCUGUUUUUUGAAUGUUUCCAGGGUGCUUUUUGGUAUUUCUUGUAUUCAUUGAUUUAAAUAGUCUAAAAGUAUUUUAUGUCACAUGUAAAUCACCAUGGUCAACUUUAGGGCUGCAGCUAACAAUGAUUUAGUAUUCAAAGCUUCUAUAGAUUAUUUCAACGAUUCAUCCAUACGUUGUUUAAGGCGCGCCUCCCGUAACGGGAUCAGCUGUGCACGUUUAUAGGUGAUAGAUAUUUAUUAGUCCUUUCGGAAAUUCAUAGUGUGUCAUACAGCAAACAUCAGACCAACAACCAGACAGCUGCUUUAUGAUGAUGCAAAGAAUUUGCGUCGAUGCAUUUUAUCGAUUUAAUGGAUGAAUCGUUUCAGCCCAUAAAUGUGAUUUAUAAAUGAAAUGACUUGACUUUUGCAACAGUUUAUUUCUAAUUGAAUUGAUCUCAUGUGUAAAACAUGAGUAGUUGAUUCUUAACCUGCUCAUACUGUAUUUGUGUUAUUUCGGUCAGAUCAAAACUCUUGAGACAAACUUUGAUUUCACACAGCUGGACAGCUGAUGUCUUUGAUUUAGCCAUGUUGUGUGACACAGAUUCUGAACAUUUAAUUUCUUUUCUUGUAUGAAGAAUUAAUAUUUUCUCUUUGUGUCAUGAAAUAAGCUGUGAUGGAGUCUCUCCCAAACAUCCUUUCUUCACAUUCUUCUGGUUCAUAAAACCCACCGGGACUCAGAAACGACUCUAAGGGAAAGCAAGUGUCCACAUUCUCAACAGACCAGAUACUCUCAUAUCCCAGGAGAUGGAAGUCACAGCACAUGACUCUGAACUCAGAAACAAAGGACAGAACAAAUUUUUAAAUGUACAUUUAUGUUUCUGACCUUAUAAAAUGUUUUGAGUUGACAUGCUGAUUUGGAUGCAGAGGAAAUAAACCCUGAACUAACAACA